CCUGUACACCACACUGCUCUCUCUGAGUGACAGUCAGUCAGUUGUGGGCCUGCAGCCCAGCUCACAGGAUGGAAGCCUACUCAUGGAGCUGUGUGCUGGGAUUACUCUGCAUGCCUGCUGAGGUUAUACUCCACAACUGGACAGUGUCUCAGGCCCCUCUGUCCGUCUCUUUCCUGAGAGUAAACUCAUCUGCUGAGAUCACGUGCACCACGUCGCUGUCUAACCCGAUGGGGCUCUACCUGCACAGGCGCUUCAGUGGUGACAGGGACGUCGUGUUCCUAUCCUUGACAGAGGGGCAAAUCACCAAGUAUAAAACAGAUCCAAAAUUUAAUAACCGAAUUCACGUAACUGCGGACGAGCAGGCGAUGGAGGGCUCUGGGUUCACGCUGCGCCUGUCUCUGCUGGAGCUGGACGACACCGACAUGUACUUCUGCAGCUGGAUCCACUUCAGUCAACAGACCCACCAGAGGGAAACCCAGUCCAGCAACGGCACCAUCAUCAUUGUCAAAGAGGAGGGCCUCCAGGAACCGUGCAAGGACAAGAUUCUGGAUCUGACCUUGAUUUCCUUGAGCAUGACAGCGUUCACCACCAUACUGGUCCUCUUUAUUGUAGCACUGACUCUGAAAUGCAGACGAUUCAGAAAGACCUUCAGACCUGCUGCAGAACCACGCAGGCCCACCAGCCCUCGGCACAUCUGUCCUCAGCACUAUCCCUACAUGAUCACAUCUGCAAACCCUCUGGACUUCAGGGGCAUCCUGUGAAGAGCUGAAUGUGUCACAUGCAGGGUCUGUAAUGACUGAGGUCUGCAGCUCGACCCAUUAAAGCUGCGUCAUCUUUUGUUCUUUUCAUUUCCUUUUACACAAAUUUGUGUUGUUUGCAGAAAAGUGACAGAGCCACCACAUCCUGGAUGAUGUGGUGUGUACGGACAUGCUUGCGUGUGUGUGUGGUGCCGUCAAACACACACUGCAGAAAAACAGAGCAUCUUCUUGUUCCAUGUUGUGCAACAUGUUUGCUUGACCUUUUCAGUUUUAUCAUGAUUACUGUAUGUUUCCAUCAACAGAUAUGGAUCUUUCUGUUUCUGUCUGUCUUGAUUUGAACAUUAAAGCUUUUUCCAGCGGUG